UUCCCGGAGCGGUCUGCGUAGUGUUGGCUACUCGGUCUGCUCGUUCUGGCAGCAGCAAGCGGCUUACCGAGAGAACUGCAAUAACAGCAAUGAUGAGGAAGGUAGUUCGGACCAGCAAGUUCCGUCACGUGUACGGGCAGCCGCUGAAGGCGGACCAGUGUUAUGACGAUAUUCGCGUCUCCCAGAACACCUGGGACAGUAACUUCUGCUCCGUCAACCCGAAGUUCCUCGCCAUCAUCGUCGAGGCAGGAGGCGGAGGGGCCUUCAUGGUGCUCCCCCUAUCCAAGUGUGGCAGAAUUGACAAGUCCACCCCCCUGGUGUGUGGACACACGGCCGUGGUGCUCGAUAUCGAAUGGUGUCCCCACAAUGACCACAUCAUCGCCAGCGGAUCGGAGGAUUGUUCAGUCAUGAUCUGGGAGAUCCCGGAGGGGGGCUUAACAACUUCCCUCACCGAGCCCCUGGUCAGCCUGGAGGGACACACCAAGCGGGUGGGCAUUGUGUCCUGGCACCCGACUGCCUCCAAUGUGCUUCUGAGUGCCGGAGGAGACAACGUGAUCAUCAUCUGGAACGUCAGCACAGCCGAGCGGGCAGUGGUGAUUGAUACCCUCCAUCCCGACAUGAUCUACAGUGUGGCUUGGAACCAGGACGGCAGCCGCCUCGUCACCACCUGCAAAGACAAGAAGCUGAGGGUCAUUGAGCCCCGGAAACAGACCCUCAUCCUGGAGAAAGAGAAGCCCCACGAGGGGACACGCCCGGUCAGAGCCAUCUUCAUGACCGACGGGAAGAUCCUCACCACCGGCUUCGGCCGCAUGACCGAGCGGCAGGUGGCUCUGUGGGACCCGAAAUCCAUGGAUAACCCAAUGUCGAUGCAGGAGAUUGAUGUGAGCAGUGGGGUUCUGAUCCCCUUCUACGACCAGGACACGGGUGUCGUCUACCUGUGCGGCAAGGGGGACAGCAGCAUCCGUUACUACGAGGUGACAGACGAGGCUCCCUACGUCCACUUCCUUUCGAUGUUCUCCAGCAAGGAUUCACAGAGAGGUCUCUGCUACAUGCCCAAGAGGGGCCUGGACGUCAUGAAGUGUGAGAUCGCCAGGUUCUACAAACUCCACGAGAGGAAGUGCGAGCCUAUUGUGAUGACGGUCCCACGUAAGUCGGACUUGUUCCAGGAGGACCUAUUCCCAGACACGGCAGGGCCAGAUCCGGCUCUGGACGCGGAGGAGUGGCUGUCAGGGAAGGAUGCCAGCCCGAUCUACAUCUCGCUGAAGAACGGGGGCACCUGCCCCAGCAAGGCAAAGCCCUUGCAAAUCUGCCGCAAGGUGCUGGAUGUGAAGAGCAGCUCCCACCGGGGAUCCGACUCCAGCACGGCCACCGUGGACGUGACUGAGGUCAUCGAGAGCCUUCGGGCAGACAUCGAGAAGCUGAAGGCGACCGUAGAGAAACAGGGAGAGCGAAUCGCUCAGCUGGAGGGCAAGGAGUGAGCUCCCCCAACCAUCCCCCCCCCCACGCUGCUCCCCAGACCACCUACCUACCUGCCCUCCCACCCCAGGGGGUGCUGCCUUACCUUCUCCACCCCCUCCCCUCCAAGGGGUCUGGGGAGCAGGGGGGGUGCGAGCUGUGGGGCAUCUGUCCCACACAGGAACCCCUCCC